CAAACAAAAUGGCCGAUGUUCUAUAAAAAUAGUUUUUAUGAGAAUAUUGAGAAUUUUAUGGAAAAACAUACUAAAAUAUCGUUCACAAAAAAUGUCUAAAAGAGAUCAAGGUGACCGAAAUGAAAGAAAGUUGGAUCCAAGUGAUUAUGAAAACUUGAUAUCUCAACACAAUUUGUAUGAAUCGUCUCGAUCAAAGAAUCAAGAAUUGCCCAGUUUUCCAGGGUUUUCCAAUGCUGAAACGCAAACAAAAACCAGCGAUAUAAAAGAACAAGCAGUGCACUCUGGUCUGGGAGCAUGGCAUUACAACCCAUGGUGGAUGCUUGCCAGCACUUCGCGCAACUUGCCUUCGCAGGAUGAUUAUUCAGAGCACAGUGAUCAGACCAAAGUGAAACAGGAGCCAGCUGGAGCCGGCACUCCUGAUAGAGACCCGUUACAAACAGAUUUGGAACAGUUUCAAGCUGAAACAGUAACACCUCCAGUUGGAUUAGAUUCCUUUUGUGAUGAUUGCUCAGACCCAUUCUGUGACUCGAGUGCAGCAAUUUGUCGCAAACUUUUCCACUGCCCACAUUGCAGAAAGAGUUAUCCCACAAUUUUAGAGUUUAAUACACACUUGACAGGAGUGCAUCCGGCACAAAAGCCCUUCAGAUGCCAGAUUUGUCUGGAACCAUUUCAUAAGAAAUCACAUCUACGGAGACAUUUGGAUGCUAACCAUACACGUAAAGAUGUCAACAAGUGUUCCGUAUGCUCCAAGUACAUAAAAGAUAAAAGCAAUUUACGCAAACACAUGCAAGUGCACACAGGGCGUGUACCACAGAAGCAAUUCAAAUGUGAUUUGUGCAAUAAUAAACGCUACAUGUCAUUGGACAGACUUAACAAUCACAAGGUGGUAUGCACUGGAGAAAAGGUAUUGAAAUACUGUGACAUGUGCACCAAAGUUUUUGAUAACUCAAGAUCGCUUAACAGCCAUAAGAAAGUACAUGCUAGGGAAUUGAAGUGUGACAACUGCGGAGAACAGUUGCGUUCAUUGGAGCAAUUCACAAAUCAUAAAAUGAUUUGUCAAGGAACAACGUCAGAAGCCAGCGGCAGCCACAGUCAUGCCGGCCAGGGCCAUAGUGGUGGCCAAGCCAUGGGCCGCUGCUGUACUCAGCCAGGAUUAUGUGAACAUGAUAAACCAGCUUACCUUAACAUACCUGGCUAUGCAGCUGGACGAGUGCUUGAUGCAACUCUUUCCUCUUUAAAAUCGGAGCUGAACUGAUGACACAUGCCGUAAAGGCUUACAAAGUAAAUAAUUAAUGCAUAUAAAUUAAACAGUUUCUUUUUUUACAAGAUUACCAAAUAGAUAAAUAAAUGACAGUAAUAAUUUUCACAAUUGAGAAUUUCACAAGACUGAUGCAAAUAUCCCGCCUCACGACUUGCUUUAUUAUUACCAUUUAAAUUUAGGCUUUAGUUAGUAGGAUAAUACAGUUAGAGUAAGUAACAUGACUAUUUGAACAUGUUCAUAUAUUUUCAAAAGAGUGAAUAUAUUUGAAUAUGCUGAAAUUGUUAUAUCAACCUUUAAUUUUUUACUAAAAUAAAAUCAUAACUGUUCAAUGAACAGUGAUAUAGAACCAGAUCAUACAUGCAACAAUUAUUGUACGUCUAUCAGAUAUAUUUUUUUAUUAUUUGAUAUCUUUUCUAUAACAAUGCUUUUGACUGAUUUAGAGUAAAGGUGAAUGUGCAGUAUUACAACAUUAAAACAAUUUUUAUUUUUUUCUAUUUUGAUGAUGUUAUAAGAGUAUGUUAUUUUUAUAAUUUUAGUAUGUAACAUUUUAGUUUAUAAAUUUUGUACCUAAGUUAUAUGUUGUAAACAGUCAGUGGAGACGUAUGGGGAGCAUGUUAUAUUUUCCAGUGCUCUGUUGUACUUUUUUCUCCAAAGACAUAAUUGUGUAGAUGUGUGUAAAUCGUAAUACAUUAUGUAAACAUGUAUUUGAAAUACUUUGUAAAGACAACUUUUAUACACAUAGCUAUGGGACAGUUGUUUCAUGUUAAACACCUUAGGAUAAGUAAGACUUGGUGAAGUGCAAUGUACCAUUGGCGAAGCCUUGUGCAUGUUAUGGUUAUUGGAAGUAGUUGUUGUGUUCUCCCUAUCCAUAAUAUUUAUUCUUCAAGUGUUAUACACUGAAAAAUUAUUGCUGCAAUUUAUAAAAUGUAUAAGUGUAAUGUUUUAUUAAAUAUUUAAACACAAUUUGUGUACACACACCUUAAUUAUAAGAUUCGAGGCUAUAAUAUCUAAAGCUAAGAAGCCUUUAUUAUGCUAAUAUUUCAUAGGAGUUUAUUACUAUACUCUCAAAUUUUAUCUUGUAUACUUAUUUUUUUAUAUCUUAUUAUUUCCAAUUUUAUUUAUUUUGUUCAUGUUAUGUGGAAGGAAGAGUACUUCUAUUUGGAGGCUUUUUAUUCAUAAUCAGUUGUUGCUAUUUACAAUUGUUUUUAAUACUAAUAGCUUAGUUUAUUUUUAAUAUCUUUAUCGCUUAGUUACGUAGUUUAUAUUUUGAAGAAUUUUAAUAUAAUGUAAGUUCCGAACUGGAAUCUUGCUUUUACAAGCCACCGAAAAAAUUAUUGGGUUUAUUAUACCAAAUUCGUUUUAUAAAUAUAAUAAAAUACUUAUGUUAUAUUUUAGUUAACUGGUGACUUUAAUGGCGUCUUGGUUGAAUAUGAUUAGUUUUAACAUUGGUAUUUUAUAAUUUCGAUUUCUUCAUGAUAGGGCCUUGAUAAGCCAGGGAACAAUUUACGAACACUUGAGCCCCAUUGUAAGAUAAGAGCUUUUCCAGUCACUGAACAACAGUACCUAAAUUGUGAUCAUGUUUCAAAGUAAACAAUUUUUUUUUUAAAUCAGAUUCAACUUUACAUUAUUCUUAAUUUUACUAAGUUAUGUAUGUUGCCUUGCUUGUCGAGAUAUGAGUGGUAAAUGAUGGCCAGUUUCAAAGUUAAAGAGUCGGUGUCGUUUACCGGAAAUUCUAAUUAAACGCUAUCUUGCACUUAAUAAAUAAUCCAGACAUACACUAAAAAAAACAUAAAUCCAUCAUCAGAUUGAUAUGGGUGCGUUCAGUAUCCACUGUAAUAUUUUUAAAUAAACAUAAUAUAUUCUAUAUAAUUUAAAGCUGAUCCAGGGCAAAUAAACUGCACGGCUCAAAAUGUGUAUUAAAAUGCCACAAAGUUAUCAAUCUCCUUUCUAUUGGCACUAAACUGUAAGAAAAUCUAAUGUAAAGAAUAUAUUUUAUUAUGAAAUAUUCAUAAGUUUAGUAUAGAGACCACUUAACAUCGGGUACUGAACUUAAAUAGGAGGGUGGCGGAAAAUGACAAUAAUAAUAUUGUGUAAACCCAUUUCAUUAACAGUAUCUAACGUUACUCCGCCACUACCUCAAAUUAAUACGAAAAAAGAUCAUUAAAAUUUUGUUUUUCAACAAUUUUUGUUCCCAUCAGCUAAUAUGUACUUAUAAUACAAUUCGUUAUAUUUAUUGAUCAAAUUCUAUGUAUACCGUAGUAAGUAACCGUGUAAACCAACUUUUGUUUCGGUUAGGAUAGGUAUUUGGAACAUUGUGACCAGGGCUACUUGUACUGUUUAAAUAUCAUAUUCAGCUUAAGAGCACAAUUUAGCAAUACUUUUUUCUGAUAUUUUACAUAUUAUUUUAUGCCAAAAAAAAAGAACUGUUUUGUCCGUACACAGUUUACGAGGUAAAUGUAUGUACCUUAAGCUUAACUUAAGGUUACUUGAAUAUCAUGGUUGGAUGUUGGCAUCAGAGUUGCGAUGAGUUUAUUCUAUGUAAGAAACUGAACAAAUAGAUCCAGUCAAGCUCACUCAAUAAGUUGCCAAAAUUCAAUUCAAAAUAGCUGCCUCAUUGUAAUAACCAUGAUUACUUUCAUGAAGAGACCACCUUUAAUAAUAUUAAGUUGUAUUGCAUCUUAUAAAUAAUAUGUAAGCUUUACAUCGUAACAUCGCUUCUUAUAACAUGUAGCCUAGACAGUUAGACAAUUUUGAAAAAUCGUAAUUUUUACAGCGCCGACUUAGUGACUGAUUCUGCCAUUUAUUUGGAUUGAUAUUAUACAGAAAAUAUAUACCAUUAGGUACCUAAAUAUUUUGUCUUUGUAGUUAUUUAGCAUGGUGUGUAACUUUUAAUGCACCUAGUUUUAAGAAAAAAUGUGUUCAUAUGAAUUUAGUUAGGUACAUAGAAUAUAGUUCAUCUAUUUGAUUAGUGAAGUAGACUGUAAAACAGUGUAAUGCGAAUUACUAUACGAGCGCAUUAUUUUCCGACAAAGCCUUCCAUUGCGUAUUACCUAAAAUAAGCCAAAUUCAGUUUUUACAGUGAGGUCAUGUUCACAGUCGUAAAAACAAUUAUUUUUCGUUAACAUUGCCGCCUUUUGUUGUACCUACCCUUAAGUAGAACUUAGUUGAAUUCAAGUUAAAAAAAUAGCAUACCUACAUACAGUUUUAUAAAUACCUAUCACGAAUAAAUUACAUUUCCUUUCUGUUAAA